CGUUCCCGUCCAGCCUCUUCCGUCUUCGGCAUCCCUGCACAUCUCCCUUUGUCCCCCGUUUUUGUCGACACGAGACACAACCGAUCUCAAGCCUAAACUGCAACCGACAACACGGCGCAAGCUGCGAUAAGCCUCUUCGUUUCAUACUGCGACCGCAUAUGCGCUCGAUCUGAACCCACGCAAGGGACCAGUUUGCCUUGAACCUCACUGACUGAAGGGCAUUGCGGGGCACAAGCAAAUGCGACGACAUGAAGGCCAUUCGCCGAUCUCUAAAGAACGACAAGGAGCACAAGCACGCACCGUCCCUUUCUAUCACACCCAAAACCAUCCAGGCACUGCCGCCGAAGAAGGUCAUCAAGGCGCUCUAUGACUACGAACCGCAAAAUGGAAACACGCAAGAGCUGGCAUUCCACAAGGGCGACUUCUUCCAUGUCCUGAGUCGCGAAGAAGACACCGAAUGGUACGAGGCGUGUAAUCCACUCAUCCCUACUGCUAGAGGUCUUGUACCUGUCGCAUUCUUUGAAGUGGUGGGCAAGCAGCAGCGACAGAGCGGCAACUCCCUGUCUUCUCCAGGGGAGAGGGUAGAUGGGCAUGACUCUGGGUUCUCCGAAAAAGGCUCAACCAAGUCUGGCCACACCCGAUCCGAAUCAACUGCCACGACUAGGCCGGCCGUACACCAGCGAGGACCCAGCAUGACCAACAGAAAUGGCGGCGGCGCGAUGGUGUAUGGCGUUGUGCAAUAUGACUUCAACGCAGAGCGACCAGAUGAAUUGGACGCCAAAGCCGGCGAAGCUAUCAUCGUGGUGGCCCAGUCAAACCCGGAGUGGUUCGUCGCAAAACCGAUAGGACGGUUGGGAGGACCAGGACUCAUACCCGUGUCAUUCGUCGAUAUUAAGGAUACCGCCACCAUGCAAUCGGUCCCCGACCCAUUGGACGCUGUUCGCAAGGCUGGUGUACCUAAAGUUGAAGAGUGGAAGAAGUUUGCCGCAGAGUACAAAAACAACAGCAUCAGUCUGGGCAAAUUCGACAGUCCACAAGCUCAAAUGUCGGCCGCUAUGGCUCGGAUGAGUCUACAAAAUGCUGGCUCGCAACAAUCUCUUGCCAGCAAUGGCUAUUCGCAACCCCCCGGCUCUAGAUCAUCUCAACAACCACAGAUUCCUCUCGCCCCCAUCAGCGCUUCUGUACCUCGCUAUUGCUUCGACAAUGAUAUGUACUGGUACAUUAUUGAGUGCCAGAUGGAAGAUGGUCGGUGGUGGGAGCUCUCCCGGUAUUAUGCAGAUUUCUACGAUUUCCAGAUCGCCCUCCUCGAGAUGUUCCCCGAAGAAGCAGGUAACAAGGGAAAGCCGCGAACACUUCCUUUCAUGCCCGGACCAGUAGCUCACGUCACCGAUGCCAUUUCGAACGGCCGGCGCCAGAACCUGGAUGAGUACAUCAAGAAGAUUGUGGAAAUGCCCAACCACAUCUCCAAAAGCAUGUUGGUCCGGAAUCUCUUCAAGCCGAGAAUAGGUCAAGAUUUUGAGAUUGAUCCGAGCGCAUUGGGAGAAGACUACCGGUUGUCUGAGGGGUCACAGCAGUCGAUGCAGCCAGUCUCACGCAUGUCUUCGAAUCAACCAGGACCGCCAUCCGGUUAUGGUGGUAUGCCGCUACCUGGGUCUUCUCGAAACUCACAACAGCGGCCACCAGUCCCCAUGUCCGGCGGCAUGGGCGGACCGCCUUUCCUCCAUUCUCAAGCGAGCAACCUUACACAAGCAUCGACAUCUUCCAGCAUGAAGCAAGGCAAUGCCAACACACCCAUGAAGGUGAAGGUGUUUUUCCAAGACGAUAUCAUUGCGAUCCGAGUGCCUCAGGAUAUUCCUUUCGCAGCGUUGAAGGAGCGACUAAUGGAGCGACUCAAGCUCAACGAGGGCAUUGUGAUUCAGUACAAAGAUGAGCCCACCAAUGCCCUGGUCGACAUGCAGAAUGAUGGCAACCUGGACGUGGCACUGGAACGAAACCCCAAGCUCACCUUGUAUGUAAACUAUGCCACGGGUUGAGGAAGCGAGUCUGAUCCUCGACGCAAAACGAUGGCCCGAUUCUUUCUUGUCGGAAGUAUAAAGGGAAGACAGGGCAACCUGAUGAGCGAUGCUUUAAUGUGGUCAUGUCAACGGCGUAUCGGGCUCGGUAUCUUGGGAGCAACUCUUUCGACAUCGGUACAAUAGCAGAGCUCAAAAGUUUCCAUUCAUUUG